GGGAAACCUGUAGACACGAUGCUCAACGCUGCUGAUCUGAACGUCCCGGACGACGAAUCUUCGAAAGACGACGAAUCGGUACAUCAUUCGGUGGAUUUGUCUUCACUCGACGACUCGCGAGAAAAUUUCCAUAUUAAACCCCAUCAUCAUCAAGAUGAAGAAGUAGCUUCUGCUGCUGGUGUAGAGGGAUUCCUGGAGGAGGAUACCAAGAUGAUCAAGGGAAGCAAGAAUGGUUCUGGGCCUCAUCAGGAGACAACGACAGCAGUGGUUGAAGACAUGCUGUUGGAAGAAGCAGAAGUCCUGAAUGAAAAGAACGAAUCAAAGCCGAAUGGAUCCAAGCCUCGACCGAUAGGUGACACUCCAUUGAAGCCGCAUUUUGAAGGAAUGAGUAAUCAAACUGUCAAUAGCGCGCAUCCGCCGCUAGGUGGCAGUCAUCAAACACAUCAGCAAGCUCACGGUCAUCCGGAUGACUAUCGGGACGACGUUUAUGAUCAUAGAGAUGAUCCUCAACAACCGCACGAGUAUCCAGAUACGGACAACACGCAUCUUGAAGCCAUACCAAGUCCCAUCCUACUGCCAGGAUCUUCAGAGGACGAAACCCAAUAUCAUGAUGAUCAUCGUCAUCAGCAGCAACAGCAAAAAUACCACCACCACGAAGACAACCAGAACCAGACCCACCAGGUCUCCUGGAACGAAACCAUCCUCGACGACAUGGACGAAUACCCAUCGAUCUCAGCAGGAGUCGACGCAUCGUCUUCAUCAGCAGCAGCUUCGUCUUCGUUUCCACUGCCGAACCCCAAUCCUGACGAACCCGUUCGUGAACCUCCAGAAUAUGCCGAAGACGACGACAUGGAUGAUUACCCCACUGACACCCGUGACCCUCCAUCAAAGAACCAGAACCCCGUCGACGACGAUGAGAAACAAUACCACGACACGAAUCCGGGUCACGAAGAACCUCACUUGAUCCACGAUGCAGAUGCGUCUUUCGUCGACGCUGUCGACUUUGACACAGGCAUGGAUUCGAUUAAGAACAGCUACAACUCUAGCAAUGACGAACCCGCGUCUGCUGCUGCUGCUGAAACCACGACUGCAGACUCGGUUGCUUCGUCGACCACUGAGGAAACCACGGAACAAGCCGAACCGAUUGAAGAGAAAUCUUCGACGAAUGAUCCCGAGACAACAACCACAACAACACCCGCUUUAACCAGCACUCAAGCAAAUGUCGAAACAACGACGACGAAUAAACGCUGGAAACGACCGAGUUUCCAGUCGGAAGACUCAGUCGACGUGACCCCGGAAGAAGAAGGGCUCGACUUGGCUCACGGGGACGAAGACGCCAAGAUACCUGAGGAAUACUAUGGCGUGAUCCCUGACAAGCAGGCAGGCAAAGGUGAGAAAGGCGGCGACGUGGAUGAUGAUGCGGAGAAGGCGGAGGAAGAUGAAGAAGAAAUGGAAGAAGAGCAGGAAGACAAGGUUGAGGUCGGAAAGGGUCGACCUCAGUCUUUGCCUGGUAAAAAGGACCCCCAGCAGCAGGAAAGCAAGGAUGACGACAAGAGUUUCGGGAAGUCAUCUGGCAUUAUUCAGCCUGUGGAGGUUGAAGAGGAAGUACCCGAGUUGCCCGGUACAAACAGUGCUGCGAAGGUUAAAGCCGCCAAGAAUUCCGGAUCUGGGUCUCCGUCAUUUAGCAAUUUCGCCAUCACUCUGAUUCUGUCUUUCUCGAGUGAGUACACAUCGAUACCACAUUAG